AUGUCUUGUGGUGGUCAUCAUAUUUCAUCAAAUGUAUUUAAGGCAGCUAAGUUUGCUAAGGAAGAAGAUGAAGGAGAAGAGUACAAUGUAGUUGAUUCAAUCAUUGAGAAGGUAUGUAUGUUUGAUACUUCUUUUGAAAAUUUAUCUUCUGGUUUGCAAGAAAUAUUUGAAAAUCCUUCACAUGAACCAAUUGUUUUACCUUUGAAUGCUCACAAUAACUUAGACCGUAAACCUCUUUCGGAUAACUUGAAAUUUACAUUUUUAGGACCUAAUGAUACUAUGCCUACCAUUAUUGCAUCUCAUUUAACUUCUAAUGAAGAAUCCAAAUUACUUUCUUUUUUAAAAGAAUAUAAAGGUACGUUAGGAUGGCAUAUGAGUAAUUUAAAAGGUAUUAGUCUUGAUAUAUGCAUGCAUAAAAAAAAUUGAAUGAAAAUACUAAACCUACAUGUGAGUGUCAAAGGCGACUAAAUCCAAAUAUGAUAGUAGUUAAAAAUGAAAUUAUUAAAUGGUUAGAGGCUAGUUUUAUUUACUCUAUUUCAGAUAGCCAAUGGGUUAGUCCCAUUCAAGUUGUGCCAAACAAAUCAAGCCUAACCAUAUCAACUAAUAAGCAUGGUGAAUAAAUAAAAACUAGGUUGCCUACUGACAUGACUUAGUCUUUGUAUAUUAAAUCACGCAAAUAUAAAAUUUAUAAAACUAGAAAAUACGAAUUUCAGGUAUUUAGAAGUAUUUCUAAAUAAAUAUAUCAAUUAUAGUUUAAUAAAACUUCCAAAAAUAGCGGUAAUUUUCUAGGUCGAUUACAAGGAUGUAAUAUAAUAUCUGGUAAUUAUUCAGAAUUUUUCUCAAUGAAUAAGAUUUUUUAUGAAUUUUAUACUAGAAAAUAAAAAGGAAAUAUAUUUAAAAUUCACGAAAAAGGAAAAUAAGGGCGUGGAUGUCAAGAUGACAUCAGUGCCUGACGAAUGCGAAUCGGGCGGAAAUAGAGUUCCACCCGACGAUUCUUACGUAAUAGCCGGAAGAAUCAUAAUAGAACAAAGUAUGUUUUGGUAAAUUAAAAACACAAAAAAUUAUCACUAAAUGAAGCGUAAAGUAAAUUGA